GCGGCCGCUUCCGGUUUCCCCGCCCCCACCCCGAGUCACCUGUCGCGGGUUUGUUUGCAAACAGCCCCGAGUCACCCGGCUGCGUGGGUCUUCCACGAUGGGGGACACCGCCGACUGCGAGAUCAUCGAGCACCACGUCGAGGAGGAGAUGGAGAAGGAGGCCGCGAGGAGCCGCGCCGCCUCCCCGCGCCCCGGCAGCGUCGCCGCGGCCGAGCGGGAGGGCGGCACGCAGUCCUCCCACCGGCUGCUGGCCUACAGCGACGCGCUCAUCUCCAUCAUCGCCACCGUCAUGAUUUUACCCGUCGCCCACACGAAGAUGGGCCACGACGAGGAGCUGAGGGAGAGUCUUCAGCUGCUGCUGACCACAAAGAUAGCCGUUUACCUGAUGACGUUCCUCAUCGUGACUGUCGCGUGGGCCGCUCACAUCAGGUUGUUUCAAGUUAUCGUUCGCAUCGAUGAUUGCCUCGCGCUGCUGAACCUCGCCUGCAUGAUGCUGAUCACCUUCCUGCCGUACACGUUCUCCCUGAUGGCGUCCUUCCCCGAGAACGUCCUGGGGAUCUUACUAUUCUGCGGCUGCGUGAUGGUGAUUGGCGUCAUCCAGGCCGUCAUCGUGCUGUACGCCUUCAGCCGCCCCUUCCUGCUGAGCGAGCAGAUCCAGAUCUCGGAGAACCGAACCUUCUACAAGCACCACAUCCUCAAAGUCAUCAUGCGGGUCCCCAUCAUGUGCUUCCUCGCCAGCGUCUUCUCUUUCAUCUUCUUCCAGCUGUCCUACGCGCUGCUGGCCGUGGUCAUCUUCCUGCCGUACAUCUCCCGCUCUCUGAAGUGGUGUCGCAGCAAAGCGUUCGGUGCGGCGCCGGAGAGUCCGGACUCGGCGCCGUUUUACAGCCACCUGACCGACGAGCCGCUCAGCAAGGAGCGCGUGGAGGCCUUCAGCGACGGGGUCUACGCCAUCGUGGCGACGCUUCUCAUCCUGGACAUAUGCGAGGACAACGUGCCCGACCCGGCGGCGGUGCGGGAGCGCUUCGGCGGCAGCCUGACGGCGGCGCUGCGGGCCUACGGGCCCGAGUACCUCGCCUACUUCGGCUCCUUCGCCACCGUGGGCCUCCUGUGGUUCGUGCACCACUCGCUGUUCCUCCACGUCACGCGGACCACGCGCCUCAUGGGCCUGCUCAACACCUUCUCGCUGGCGUUCGUGGGGGGGCUGCCGCUGGCCUACCAGCUGACGCACGCGUUCCCGCCCGACUCGCGCAACGAGCUGGAGGCCGUGCAGGUGAGCUGCGUGAUCAUCUUCUUCGCCGGCGUCUUCCAGCUGGCCAUCUGGGUGGCGGCGCUCCACGGCGAGCGGGAGAGCCUGCACCCGCACGUGAGGUACGGCGGGCGCGAGCACGCCUUCAUGCUGGCCAAGCUGUCGCUGUACCCCUGCGUGGCGCUGGGCACCUUCUUCCUCACCUGCGCCCUGAGCAGGUUCAGCGCCGCCAUCUUCCACCUGAUGGAGAUGGCGGUGCCGCUGGCCUUCCUGCUGCUGAGGCUGCUGGUGCGCGUCGGGCUGGCGCUGCUCCGCCUGCUCUUCUGCCCCGGUGGGCCGGAGCCCAGGGGCGCCGGGGAGGGGGGGGAGGGUUAA